GGAUUAAUGAACUUCAAUAAUGAGACAAAACGUAUUCAUUUUUCAUGUCAGUGAAUGAUCACAUCAAAACAUAAGGACGUUACGCAACCAUUUUGAUGUUAAUUUACUUGAUAAUUUUAUUGUGUUCACAUUUAAUGGCUAUUAUAAAUUAAUAUAAAUCAAAGCAUAAAAUCAAUACAAGAUGUAGUUUUGUUUGAAUAGUAGAAAUUAUGUUUUAUAAGGUAUAAGUAAACACAUAUCUGCAAUCAAACUGGGGCGUUUCUACAUUUAUUAUUUAUUAAUAACAUUUGAUUGGUUGAUAUUAUUAGCCAAUAAGGGCUAAACUAUGAAAUGAUUUAUAGAUGUCGAAUUCAUUUACAAUUUCUAACAUACUAAAUCACUUAUGAACAUUUAAAGCAAGUUAUACGGAAUUUCUAGUAACCUUUAAAAUGAUUCAAAGUACAAACUAGAAUAAAAGUUUGCAAAUAUAUUAUUCACAUACAAUGAAUAAAAACUAUUCGAGAACAUCAUGGGAAAACGAAAUAAACGAUGUCAGUGUUCUUCUUGGUUCAAUUAUAUCAAGGCGCGAAAUGCUGGAACAGUCCCAAAAUGCAGCUAAAAUUUUAUUUCCCUCAUGUUGGUUAGCUGAACUGGUUAUUUCUAAUAGACAUCAACCAUCAGUAAACUGUCCUCUUGAAGUACUUAUUCGUGAAAUCAGAAACUCAACUGAUCAAGAGAUUAGUGUUAAAGAAGUAACGACAAGUUUUAUUAAUCAAUUAGCAUCUGUUAGCAAAAUUCAAAAUCAGUCAAACUUCAAUACAACGAACAACAAUCAGUACAUGAUAUCAUUCGAGUUGAAUAAAGACAAUAAAUAUGGUGAAUAUGUUGCUCAUUUUGUUAUGGUUUUGGAAUCACUACCGAAAGCUCACCUUCACAAGGUACAACUGCUCAAAGAUCAGCUUUCGUCUACACUCAAUCGAAUUAUUCGUCUGGAACAAUUCAAUGAAUUCUCAUCAACCUCAUCACUUUUAAAGCAAAGAUAUCCAUGUUGCAGUCAGGGUUCAGAAGCUUCAACAUGGAUAAGUCGUGAAGAUAAUGCGUUGAUUCUUAAGCUUUGUGAAUCACUUUGGGAUAAAGAAGCGAAUCGUUUACAACAUAAAGUUCUUAGAUAUAUAAUGGAGCGUACAAAUUCAGAAAAUGGUUUUAUCGUGAUGCGAAAUAUCGACACUUCAGAGUUGGUUUGUCACUGUACUGGAAAUGAAAUAUUCGAUGAAUCUACAUAUAUUGAAAAUGAUAGUUUUUUUAAUGAAAUAAUGCAAUCAAGAAAAACAUUUAAAGCAUCACAAUUAAAUUCAGAACAAGAACAUACUUUAUUAUCUAUUCUAUCAGUUCGUAAUGCAUAUAUGAAUAAUGAGAAUUAUAUAACUAAUCUAAAUACAGAUAUUCAAAUUCAUUCAGUUUUGUGCAGUCCAGUGUUUACUCGUUCUAGUGAUAACCCUAUUGCAGUUGUUUGUUUGAUCAAUAAAAGAGAUUCUCAAUUUACACAAUCAGAUGAGCGUAUUAUCGAAGAAUGUUUUCGUUUUGUUGCACCUAUUCUCUUAAGCUCAUUAGCAUAUCAAAACGAACGUUACAUAAGAGAUAGAACUGAAGAUAUGCUUAAAGUUGCAAGAAAUAUUUUCACUCAUAUGAUGGAUUUAACAAAUCUUUUAUUGAAAAUAAUGCAAGAAGCUCAAAAUUUAACCAAAGCUGAAAGAUGCUCAGUUUUUCUGCUUGAAUCAGAAACUAAUGUAUUAGUUGCAAAAGUAUUAGAUGGAUUACCAACAGCUCCUAAUAAAAAUACACGUUUUACAACAGCAGAUGGCAAAACUGUUACAUUACCAGAAGAAAUUCGACUAAGUUUAAAUCAAGGCAUCGCUGGAUAUGUAGCUACAACCGGUGAAUUGUUAAAUAUAAAGGAUGCCUAUGCUCAUCCACUUUUUUAUCGUGGUGUUGAUAAAGAAACUGGAUUUCGUACAAGGAAUAUAUUGUGUUUUCCAAUAAAAAAUGAAAAAGAUGGUAUAGUUGGUGUUGCACAAUUAUGCAAUAAAAUCAAUCAUCCUUUUUUCACAAGAGCUGAUGAAGAUGUAGCUAAAACAUUUUCAAUUUAUUGCUGCAUAAGUAUAGUACAUUCGUUAAUGUACAAAAAUGUUCAAGAUGCACAACAUCGUACUAAAUUGGCCAAUGAACUUAUGAUGUACCAUAUGAAGGUGGAUGAAGACAGAAAGAAUUGGUUAUCCACUUGUGAAAUUAAAGAUAUCAAUACAUUUCUACCUAAUACAAGUUCUUUUGAAUCUUUACCAAGAAAUAUUCAACCUGAAAAUGAGACGUAUCUCUGUACAUUAAGCAUGUUUCAUAAUUUGAAUUUAAUUAAUCGUUGGCGUAUUUCACGGAGAACACUGGCUCAAUUCAUUCUGAUGGUUCGUCGUGGUUACCGUACUCCAGCUUAUCAUAAUUGGAUGCAUGCAUUUUCUGUUGCACAUUUUGUUUAUGUCUGUAUUAAAAAUUUACCAUUAGCUAAUAAUCAAUUGGAUGAUAUUGAAAUAUUGGCAUUAUUUGUAGCAUCAUUAUGUCAUGAUAUUGACCAUCGUGGAACGAACAACAGUUUUCAGGUCCAAUCUAAAUCUGUAUUGGCUGCUUUAUACAGUUCAGAAGGUUCUGUUUUAGAAAGGCAUCAUUUCUCUCAGACCAUUUGUGUAUUAAACACAGAGGGAUGUAAUAUUUUUGAAAAUGUUUCAAAAGAAGAUUAUGGUCAGUUGUUAGAUCAUAUUCGUGACAUAAUCCUAGCAACUGAUUUGUCACAUCAUCUUCGUAUAAUGCCGAAAUUGGAAGAACUAUCUCAUAGAGGGUAUGAUGGGACGAAAUCAGAGGAUCAUUACCUUCUUUUAUGCCUCUUAAUGACUUCAGCUGACUUGAGUGAUCAAACCAAAUCUUGGAACAAUACAGUUUAUGUCGCGAAAUUAAUUUAUGAAGAAUUUUUCCAACAAGGUGAUAUGGAAAAAUCAUUAGGACAUAAUCCAGUUGAUAGUAUGGAUAGAGAACGAGCAUGUGUGCCACAUUUACAAAUUUCUUUCUUGGAUUAUAUAAUUACACCACUAUACAAGGUACUGAACAAUUUAUAUCCACAAUGCUCAAGUAUUUUAGAUACUAUAGAGAAAAAUCGUGAUAACUGGAAAAUAAUUCUUGAACUUGUCGAAAAAGGUGAUAUUAAAGGUAAUGGUUCGGAGAUUUUCAAUCAUAAUCUUAUUGAAAUAUUGGCUCAGUUACAAGUGAAAUCAACAACGGAACCAAAAUCAGUAUCCUUGGCACCGUCAGUUGUACAACCACUUUCAUCAUAUUCGUCAUCAUUAAAACCAGAUAAAUAAAAUUAGUUAUUUUGUAUGAUGUAAAUUAACUUAAAAAGAUGAUUUUCCUCUUUCUUAUUAUGUGUAGAUUAUCAAACAAUCCUUCAUUUCUUUUUUUUAAUCUGACAAAUAUAUCAAUUCUAGUGUAGGUGUACAUAAAUCAGCUGAUCAAAAAUAAACAUAUUAAAAAGUAACUUGCAUAUUUGUAAAAAUGCCAGAGAUUGAAAACAAAAUUAACUCCACAGUUUAGCUGGACAGCUUGCUUUGAGCUUCUUUGGGAAAAUGACCAAAUCUCAGAAUUAUUAGGUUUAAAAUAGAGAUCAAACAACGACAGCUUUCAUGAUAAAAUGUUGAAAGAUGAUUUUUAAAAUAUGAACAUUAGUUAUUUCAUGUAAAAUAUUCUCAAAGUAUAGUUAAUACAGAAGUUUGUGUGUC